GUAGCCAGUUUAUUUUGUUCAUAAAGAAAUAAUCGUAGACAUAAUUUUCUCUAAGGAAUUUUAUUAAUUUUGUGCACAAAAUAAAGCGAAAACAAGAUUCGGAUUUGAAGACAUGCCCAAUGCAAAUUUCAUAGAAAAUACUGACAUAUAAGAAAACAAAUAUUUGUUCAUAGAAGAGUAAACAGAAAUGCUUUAAUUUGGCAUAAGAAAAUUGAGCAAAAUAAAAAAAACAUUGCGUAAGGAUUGUCUGAGACGGAGAUGGCCCUGUACUGGAACGUGAACUGCGACGGCUGCGGCACCACGCAGUUUCGGCACUACCGCUACAAGUGCCUGCGCUGCGCGGACUUCGACCUGUGCUCCGACUGCUACGAACUCGGGGCGAUGACCGCUGACCACUCGCCGGCGCACCCCUUCCAGUGCCUGCUGGACCGCGCCGCCCGCGAGCUGCACUUCGGCGGCGAAGAGAUUCCGUUCAUGUGCGCCGACAGCUUCACGUGCCCGCUGUGCGGCGAGAUGGGCAUGACCUCCGGCGAAUUGAUCAAGCACUGCCAGAAGCGACACCGGGCGGUGCGCACGCCGGUCAUCUGUCCGCUCUGCGUGUCCGUGCCGUCCUCGUGUCCGGACCGCGUGACGGGUCUGGUCGACCACAUGGCCAUUGAGCAUCCGACUACCUUGCUGCGCCUGCUGGAGGGGCAACCGCAAUCGCCCACACACUCGCUCCCGCCCCCGCCACCACCGCCGCCGCCGCCGCCACCGCCAACAACAACGUCCGUCUUUAGUGGCGGCUCCUAUCAGUGGUCCGGGUUGGGCAAUAUGGAGCUCAUGGGGAGCACCCUGCAGCAGCAGCAGCAGCAGCAACAGCAGCAGCAGCAGCACCAGCGCGCCCAGGUGCGCUUCAUCCUGCCCAUGUUUGCAGUGGAAGAGGAUCUCGGCGAUGAAGACGUCGACUUCUGAAGCGGAAUCUGUUGAAUCGGAUGGAGGAUCGGAUGGAGGAUCGGAUGGAGGAUCGGAUGGAGGAUCGGAUGGAGGAUCGGAUGGAGGAUCGG